AUGCCCACCCAGUCGCUGCUGGUGUACAUGGACGGGCCCGACGUGCUGGGCGCCGAGCUGGAGGACGCCGUGGCCACCAAGGGGCCGCCCGUGGUGCCCUUCCGCGCGGGGCCCGAGCGGGGGGCGGCGGUGGCGGCGGCGGCGGCGGUGGCCGUGCAGCCCGACGACACGCAGCUGCCCCUGGACUGCAUGUUCUGCAGCCAGACCUUCGCCCACGCCGACGACCUCAACAAGCACGUGCUGCUGCAGCACCGGCCCACGGUGUGCGAGCCGGCCGUGCUGCGCGUGGAGGCCGAGUACCUGAGCCCCCUGGACAAGCGGCCGGCCCGGCCCGCCGCCGCGGCCCCCGCCGACGCCGACCCCCCGGAGCCCGAGGGUCCCAGCUGCGAGGUGUGCGGCCAGGCCUUCUGCGCCGCCCUGGACGUGGAGACGCACAUGAAGAAGCACAAGGACUCGUUCACCUACGGCUGCCACGUGUGCGGCCGCCGCUUCAAGGAGCCCUGGUUCCUGAAGAACCACAUGCGCACCCACACGGGCAAGGCGGGCGCCCGCGGCCGGCUGCAGGCGGGCCUGGACAGCCCGGCCACCAUCAACGAGGUGGUCCAGGAGCCCGCGGCCGCCGCCGCCCCCGUCGCGUCCCCCUACAAGAUCUGCAUGGUCUGCGGCUUCCUCUUCCCGGGCAAGGAGAGCCUGAUGGAGCACCGCAAGAUGCACACCAAAGAGGGGCCCGCCACCCCCGCCGGCCCCGGCUCCGGCCCCGGCCCCGGCCCCGGCCCGGCUCCCCGGGACCCACCCCAGGACCCGCCCGCCCCCGAGUUCCUGCAGUUCCUCAGCCUGCGGCCGCAGCCGGCCCCCGACCCCAGCCGCCAGCCCGCCAAGUGGAUCCCGCAGCUCGACCCCUUCACCACCUACCAGGCCUGGCAGCUGGCCACCAAGGGCAAGGUGGCCGUGUGCCGGGAGGUGAAGGAGCAGCCCGGCCAGGAGGGCAGCACCGACAACGACGACUCGUGCUCGGAGAAGGAGGAGCUGCUGGAGAUCUGGGCGGCCCGGCCGGGGCCCCGACGCCAAGGCCAGCAGCAAGGGCGGGGCGCGGCAGCGGGGCCGGUGGCGGCGCCUGCCCCGGGCUGGCCGACAAGGAGAAGGGCCGCGGCAGUGGCGCCGGCCGAGGGCCCCGAGCGCCCCGAGCCCGACCCCAAGCUGCCGGGCGGCAAGGAGAAGCCCACGCACUGCGCCGAGUGCGGCAAGGCCUUCCGCACCUACCACCAGCUGGUGCUGCACUCGCGCGUGCACAAGAAGGAGCGGCGGCCCGACGCCGAGUCCCCCACCCUCGCCGCCGACGGCCGGCAGCGCCGCCCCGGCUCGCCCGAGCUGGAGGAGGCCGGCGGCCUGGACCGGGAGGGCGGCUCCGAGGACGGCUCCGAGGACGGGCUUCCCGAGGGGCUCCAUCUGGAGAAAAAUGAUGAUGGAGGGAAACUAAAGCAUCUUACAUCCUCCAGAGAAUGUAGUUAUUGUGGAAAGUUUUUCCGUUCAAAUUAUUACCUCAAUAUUCAUCUCAGAACACACACAGGGGAGAAGCCGUACAAAUGUGAAUUCUGCGACUACGCGGCGGCCCAGAAGACGUCCCUGCGGUAUCACCUGGAGCGUCACCACAAGGAGAAGCCGGCGGACCCGGGGGCGGCCGAGGCCAGGGCCGAGACGAAGCCCCCGGAGGCCGAGGCCACGCUGGCCCCCGAGGACGGCGGCGGCGCUGGUGCCCACCCCCCCAAGACCCUGAAACGCUUCUGCGACGGUGCCAAAGACGGGAAGGCCGGCCCGCCCGCCAAGCAGCCCAAGGUGGUGGCGGCAGCGGCAGUGGCAGCUGCCGCCUUCCAGAACGUUCUGGGCGGCCUUGCCGCCCGCCAAGAUUCUCAGGAUUUACCGAGCCACGCCCUGGACGAGGCCCCCGCCGAGAAGGGGGCCGAGAAGGGGGCCGGCGCCCACGACGUGCUCCCGAGGCGGACCCCCGCGGACCCCCAGCUCCUCCCCCGCCUGGCCUGCAGAAGCGAACCGGCGGGCGUCGGUGGGGCGCGGCGGGGCGUCGACGGCCAGGAGCGGCCGCUGAACCUGUCGCUGGGGGCCCUGCACGGCUGCACGGCGCUGUCCCUGAGCCGCAACCUCGUCCCCUCCAUCACCUGCCCCUUCUGCACCUUCAAGACCUUCUACCCCGAGGUCCUGAUGAUGCACCAGCGCCUGGAGCACAAGUACAACCCCGACGUCCACCGGCACUGCCGGGCCAAGGCGCCGCCGCGGACCCGCCGCACGGGCUGCCCGCCCGCCCUGCUGGGCCGCGACGUGCCGCCCCUGCCCGCCCUGCCCCGGGCCCGGCCCACCAAGCCCGCCCUGACCGCCCAGCCCAGGCCCAAGCCCGGCGCCGCCCCGGGGUCCGGCGGCAAGGCGACCCCCGCCACGGGGGCGGACAUCAGCACUUUAGCGCCCAGCAACCUGAAGGCCCCGCGGCCCCCGCCCGCCCCGGAGCUGUUGGCCAAGGCCGCCGACAAGGCCCGACGCCCCGAGGUCAAGGCCAAAGCGCCCGGCCCCGCGCUCACCAACGGCUUCGCCGAGCACGCGGCGGCCGGCAGAGACUACUUCGGCGGCCGGGCCGCGGACUUCGGGGAGCCCCUGCCCAAGCGGUCCAAGGCCGGCGCGGGGCCCCCCGAGGGGGACCCCGGCUACCGCCGCGGCUUCGCCCACCUCCCCAAGUACCACGUGGUGCGCGGGGUGCCCGCGCUGCUGCCCCAGGAGUACGUGUGCCCGCCGGCGGCCGUGCUGCCCCCCAAGGCCAGGUUCCUGGGCCCCGGGGAGGCCGAGCCCUCGGGUCUGCUGAGUGGCCACAAGACCUACAGGGGUCCCGCGCCGCUCAACCCCUGCGGGCCUGCAGGGGGCGCUGCCGCGGCCGGGCCCCGGCUCGAAGGGAAGAGGCCGGUGUCCUACCAACACUUGUCCAGCAGCAUCCUGCAGAAGAGGAACUAUGAGAAUUUCAUCGGGAACGCACAUUAUCGACCGAACGACAAGAAAACUUGAUUUCCGCUGUGGGGGAGACGAAGGUGUCGCGGCCGGAAGCGUUCUCUCCUGCAGUUAGUGCCCAGCCACCCCCCCCUCGAGGAAGCGACAGCAAAGCUACUGACACAAGCUGUGACUGGCCUGGACAGUGCGGAGGAGGCAGGAAGGAACACUACAGUCCUGAGUGCU